AUGCAUUAUCGGAACAUAUUCCAUCAGUUUUUUUCAGCACUAGAAGGUCAAUGUUUUCAUCCAGAUGAUAUAUAUGAAGAUGCUAGUGGUUCAUCGAGUGGUUUGACAGCUGUAACAAUUGGUAAUGACGAUAUAUUUUCUGGUACAAUGAUAUGUAGUAUACCACGUGCUAAUGUAACACUGGAUUAUUAUAAUUUUAAACAGCCACAAAUAAAUAUUGUUGCUAUUGGAUUUUCUCCUGGUGAUGAUCUUCUUCUUCUUCGUUUUCUUCAACCUUUAGAAAAAGCAAAUUAUCAAGUUGUAAAAAUUAAUACACGAACACUUUCAAAAAUAUAUUCACUCUCCAAUAAUAUCGUCUUAUAA